UGUCACCACUCUUACACUCUUGCUCUUUAUUACAAUGGUACCUGAAAAGACUCACCCGAGUCUACAGUAUGCAGGGGGGGUCUCAUCUCAUCCAUUACAAAAAACAAUGUAUAAGUUAAUGUGGAAAGAUCACCUGCUCUUGUAUCAAGUACCGAAGAUGAAAAAAAGAGAAAAAAGAGAUAUUUUCCUGAUUCAUUCAUGCAGUUCCCUGUUGAUUAGACACAUAUCUUAUAUUCCACACAGAUGUGAUUAUAUUUCAAAGGUCUGAAUGCUUAAAGCAGAUACAUCUGUUAUUUUUGCUCUUGCCUAAGCUCAGUCAAACCAAAACAUAUUCCAUGUAGAAAAACUGGAAUCAGUCUAAAAACAACCCCGCGUGUUGGUUCAUUGACCCCAGUCUCCUCAACGCUACAGCAGCAGCUGUCUUGGAUUCUAGCUCCUUUUAACAGAUCAUCCCAGUAACGACAUCGCCUAAAGCAACGUGGCACAUCUCCAUAGAAAAAAAGUCCAGUGUGGUCAUUUGGGACAGGCAGCGGGUCCACCUGCCAGUCGUCUGCCACCUCUGGAUGUGUAUUGGCCCCUGUGGUCGGCGAGGGGCACGGGAGGAGGCCCCGCCCCUCCCCCAGAUGUGCGCCCCUCUCCUCCCUCUCGCCUCAGCAGAGUGCGGAGCCGCGGGGAGGCAACAGGAGGGUCCAGCACGCGGAGACACAUUCCAACUACCCAGCAGCGAGGAGCGGACUGCUUCUUCUGUUCUUUUUUUCUCUUCUUUUUUUUUUUGUUGGGCUGCACCAGCCAGAUCCUGCUCUGUCGGUACAGCCCACGAGACCUGCGCCCGGCUCGGCUCGGUCGAGUGGUUCACCUGGGCGGCCAGGUCGGACGCGCAGCGGAUGGAGAGACGCAGCGCAGAGAGCGGUGCCAGUCCGGAGCGCGGCUGAGCGCAGGGAGCGGUCUGCCCUCAGACAGGACCUGCCCUCAGCCCCUGGGGGGUGGAAGAAGAGGACAAACCCUCUUUAGGGCUUUUUUUCUGUUUUCUGUUUAUACAUUUUUGGGGUUGUUGGCGACGGAAUGGAGAUGUAACCGGUUUUUUACCACAUGCACUUGGAAGUGGCGUGAGGCUGGAUCCAGAUUGAGAAGAGCAAACUGCAGAGGCGUGUAGUUAAUUGAAAUCGACCCGGUGGUCUCUCUCUUUUUUUUUAAUGUGACGCAGCAGCAGAGGUUCUUUCUCCUCCUCCUCCUCCUCCUCAUCUCUCACCUCCAACAUGACUUCACUGUCUGGGACCAAGGAGAGGUCUGUGAGCAGCCGGAGCAGAAAAUAUGGGAUGCCUGACACUUCACCGACCAAAGCUGCCACUUUUUCCCCUGACACGUGGUACCGAAAGGCCUAUGAGGAAAACACUAGAUCCGGCACACGGCCCACCCCGGAGGGUGCCGGCUCCAUGCCAAGCUCCACAGGCACCCCCUCCCCUGGCUCAGGAAUCUCCUCACCGGGGUCCUUCUCUGGAUCACCGGGCACCAUCUCUCCGGGGAUCGGGACGGGAUCGCCUGGUUCUCUCGGUGGCUCCCCAGGUUUUGGUACCGGAUCGCCGGCCUCAGGCAGUGGAAGUUCCCCUGGCAGUGAGAGAGGGAUAUGGUGUGAGAACUGUAAUGCCAGGCUGACGGAGCUGAAAAGACAGGCGCUGAAGCUGCUCAUCCCUGGACCUUACUCAAGCAAGGAUCCCUCCUUCUCCCUCCUCCUCCAUGAUAAGCUUCAGGUGCCCAACAGUUCUCGGCUGGCGUGGAAUGAGCGUGACAGCCGCUGCGAUGUUUGUGCCACUCACCUCACUCAGCUUAAACAGGAAGCCGUGCACAUGGUCCUCACCCUGGACCAGUGGGAUUUGUCUCCCACCUCUUCCCCUCCUGCUCUGUUUGGACGAUAUGGAUCUCAAGGACCCCCGGGUCCACUGGGAGCAUCUGGAGUACCAGGAGGUCCUGGGUCAAGGGACUGGCCUCCUCCUUUUCCCCCUUCCUCUUCCUCCUCAGCCGCUGCCUCCACUUCACAUCCUCCUCCCCAAGCAUCCCAUUCGCCUUCCCCAAGCCCAAACCAGACCCCAACGCCCAGCCCGAGCCACGGACCAUCCAACGCCAGCCAUGGGAGUCCCUCAGUGGGGCAAACGUCCAGCUGUGCUCCCAUAAACCCACAACCUCAAGGUCCAGGGCACAGACUGGGGUCCAAGCCCAGCUCCCUGGGUCUUGGAGGUGGGGUGGACAGAAGGAACGGGUCUCCCAGUUCAGGAAAAGCAGCUAGUGCCCAUCAGCAACCAACGACUGGAGUUAACAGCCCCAGCAAUAGUGGUAACAAUGGGAGCGGAGCAGUACUGAGCACAGCAGCUCUGCAGGCCCAUCAGCACAUGAACCGAACUAAUGGAGGGGUUACACUGUAUCCGUACCAGAUCUCCCAGAUGAUCUCUGAGGCCUCCAGAGAAGGACUGACCGAAGCCGCCCUGAACCGCUACAACACACACUCUCCGUCUCACACCAAUUCACCAUCGCACACGAACUCCCCCUCUCACGCUCCAGCCGUAACCACCACAGCACCAACCGCCACCUCUGCCGCUGCCUCUUUCUUUGCCAGAGCUGCACAAAAGUUAAACUUGGCUUCAAAGAAGAAAAAGCAGAAGACGGCUGCAGCCACAGCCCCAGUGACAUCGUCACUGUCCUGUGACCUCCCACUGUUUGCCACCAAUUUCAGCUCCGCCCUGGUGACGGCCCCUCCCCCGGCUCCACCCUGCCUUCUCCGUGCAGCCAAUAAGAUAAAAGAUACCCCUGGGCUUGGCAAGGUGAAAGUGAUGGUGCGCGUUUGCCCAGUGUCUCGGUCAGAUGCAGCCGAGUCCAGCUCCUUCCUGAAGGUGGACCCCAGAAAGAAACAAGUCACCAUCAUGGACCCUUCAGCCAAUCAGACACCAAGCACUGCUUCCCAGAAAAGGGCGGGAGCCAAUCAGGUGCCACCAAAGAUGUUCACAUUUGAUGCCGCGUUUCCUCCUGAUGCGUCACAGGCGGAGGUGUGUGCGGGAACGGUUGCCGAGGUGAUUCAGUCAGUGGUGAAUGGAGCAGAUGGCUGUGUCUUCUGCUUUGGACACUCCAAGCUGGGUAAAUCCCACACAAUGAUUGGCCGGGACAACUCUCUUCAAACUCUGGGUAUAAUCCCCUGUGCCAUCUCCUGGUUGUUUAAACUCAUCAAUGAGAGGAAGGAGAAGACAGGAGCGCGCUUCUCUGUGCGCGUCUCUGCGGUCGAGGUUUGGGGAAAAGAGGAGAACCUCAAGGACCUGCUGUCGGAAGUGGCUACAGGCAGUUUACAGGAUGGACAGUCACCUGGAGUGUAUCUAUGUGAGGACCCCAUCUGCGGCAUGCAGCUCCAGAACCAGUCUGAACUGCGUGCUCCGACCCCAGAGAAGGCAGCCUGGUUCCUGGAUGCCGCCAUAGCAGCUCGCCACAGCAGCCAACACCCCGACACCACCGAAGAAGAACACAGGAACUCGCACAUGCUGUUUACGUUACACAUAUACCAGUAUCGCAUGGAAAAGACAGGAAAAGGGGGGAUGUCAGGAGGUCGCAGCCGCCUCCACCUGCUGGACCUGGGCAGCUGUGAUGUCAAAGUACUCGGAGGAGGAGGUGGGAAGAGCAGGGAGAACACUUCGCCCAGCUCAGCCCCACUGUGCCUUUCUCUAUCCGCCCUCGGCAAUGUGAUUCUUGCCCUGGUCAACGGGAGCAAGCACAUCCCAUACAAGGACAGCAAGCUGACCAUGUUGCUAAGAGAGUCGCUAGGCAACAUGAACUGCCGGACCACCAUGAUUGCUCACAUCUCUGCCUCACCCAGAGAUUUCUCAGAAACCCUCUCCACCAUCCAGAUUGCUUCCCGUGUCCUCCGCAUGAAAAAGAAGAAAACUAAAGUCACCGUGCAGUACACCUCCAGCUCCUCUGGAGGAGAGAGCUCCUGCGAAGAGGGCCGCAUGCGGCGUCCGACCCAUCUGCGUCCUUUCCAUCACCGUGGUGACACCGACUCUGACCUUCCAUUGCUGCGACUGUCCAGCGAUCCAGAUGAGUAUUCGAGCAGCGAACAGUCAUGUGACACUGUGAUCUACGUGGGCCCGAAUGGGGCGGCAGUGUCAGAUAGAGAGCUGACAGACAACGAGGGACCCCCAGAAUUUGUACCAAUUAUUCCUGCUCUGCUUCGAGGAAAAACUUCAGAGCAGCAUCAAGUACAAGGUCAAAGUCAGGCAGCUGGAGCCCAGAACAAGGUGCAGUCUCACCAAGAGGACCAGCCCAGCGGCCCCUCUCAGGCCCCUCAGUCACUACUUGGGCAGCCGUUGGCCCCCGUCCCAGAGGAAGGAGCCGAGUGCCUGAAGUGCAACACCUUUGCCGAGCUGCAGGAGAGACUGGACUGCAUUGAUGGGAGCGAGGAGGUGGCAAAGUUCCCCUUUGAAGAGGUUCCAGCGAGCAAACAAGGUGCUAAACAAGAGCCAUGCGUAUCUUCAUCUGUUCCAAACUCAGCUCCUGCUGCUCCUGCCUCUGCUGCUGUGUUGGAUUCAGAAGACAAAACAGAAACCACUGUUGCCUGUGCUGUAGGAGGUGCCGUGCAGUUCUCCUUCACCUCCGCAGCACCGGUCUCCAGGAGGAGGACCAAUGACCAGCAGCUGCAGGAGAUCAAGGAGGUGGUGGAGGAGGCAGAGCUGGCCCAGACAAUGAUCCACAGCCUGGCUCAGACUUCUGGUUCCUCCAUAGUCACCAGUACCAGGAAUGUAACAGGAAGCAGCAGCAUCACCUCUUACCCACUGCAGAGGGUCAAGGGCUCCCAGCUACAUGACAGCCAUGAGAGUCUGAAUGCGAGCAGUAACGCUGAGGGAAAAGCACGCCCACUAGGAUCACCACGCCUCGGCAUCGCCAGCCUGACCAAAACCUCAGACUACAGGCCUCCGUCCUCCCCAUCCCAGCGGUGUAAAGUGUACACCCAGAAGGGCGUGAUGCCGGCAACGCCGCCUCAGUCCUCUCAUACCCUGGCUCAAGAGGGCCAGGCCACAGAUGCUCUGACGUCUGACAACAGUUUGGCUGCAGACAGCGGCCGUUCCUCCACAGACUCCCUUCUGUCCAGGACUUCUCCUGUGGGCAUGAGCCCACAAGUCCGAGAGCCAACCCCGUCUCUGUCUGCCAGCCUGGGCUCGGCCGAGACGCUCUGUGACGACGACGUACCACCUAUACCCAUGGACACGCACAAGGAUGCCUCACUUGGACCUCUCUCACUUGGGGAGGAUGAGCUGGUGUACACUGUGGUGUCCGGAGUUGAUGACGACCUUGAUAUUGCAGCUCUCAUGGAGGCACAGGGCCUGACCUAUGGUCCGACAAGCAUCAUCAGCUUUAACAGCGAAUGUGGUGCUGUUCACAAACUCACUUCAGGCUCUCAACCCAUCAGUGUCAUCAGUGGUACUGCUGAGGUUGGAGCCUUGGAUGAUUAUCCCUUGCCUGCAGGUCUGGCAGUAACCUCAGGGGUUACAGAGGUUGUUGCCAUGGCAGAGGUGGCAAUGGCCAAGCUGCGGGUCGAAGGUGAAGCCUUGGCCACAGUGAUGUCUAACUGUGGUUCACCCAUGUCCUCCUGGGUGAGUGAUCUGAGUUUGGGCAGUGAAGCUGACCAGUCCCUCCACAGCUUCAGCCAGUCUCAGAGCCAGCUAGGCGAGGCGCUGGCCGAGCCCGAACCCAGCCAGAGUUUUGGAGUGGAGGGGCUGGGUGGCAAUAAAAGCUGUGGUAGCCCACGAAGAGGAAGUCUGGAAGGAGAGAUGGUGCUGCAAGACAACACCAGGACUGAUAAAGGAACUAAAGACCGGCUGAGGAAACUGCCUCCCUCCAUGGCUAAAACAACCAUUCAAAUUCUGACAGGGCCUGGUAGCCUCUCCCCUUUCAAGACCACACUGAGCAUUCACCCAUGUGUGAUUGUCAAACCCAUGGCGAUCCAAGAACAAACCAUGCUCUUCUCACCUACCAAGUCUGGCUUAAUUAAAGAUACAAGCAACUUUAACGCACCACUUUUAGCAUCUAUUUCCAGUGAGAUGAGCUUCGACGACCCCUGGUUAAAGCGCGGCGGGGAGGAGAUUCAGACUGGAGCUGUGAGUGGAGACCACCAGAGCCUCUACAGGGAUGGUGUGGAUCGUGGCAGCUCUAGUUCAGGUGGUGAGGCUGUGUCGUCUCCAGAUUCCUUUAAGAGAGUGGUGGAUGGUUGUGAGAUGGUCAGUGUUGUUGCCCAGGGAGAGAGCCUGAGUCUGUACAGCCCUGAUAUCCACCGUACUGCCAGUCUUCCCCGUGGCUGGCACCGUCUCAACCGACAUGAUGGCUUGGACAAUGGAAUUGAGUACCGCAAUCUUGGCGUCACCACUUCAACCCCCUGCAGUCCACGUUCGACACUUGACCGCCGAGGAUCAACUGGAAAACAGGGCUUUUUCUCCCACAAGAAGGGGGGGAUCCCACCCUUGCCACCGGUACGGAAGUCCAGCCUUGACCAGCGCAGCAGGGCGGCCAGCCCUCUCCACCAACCCAGUCACGGAGUGUCGCCGAUGGGCAGCUCAGCUGAUGAUGUGGGGUUAUCUGGAUGUGGCCCCGCAAGUGUCACCAGACAACAGGGCUCCAGCAUCGACAGCAGUAGACUUUUCAGCGCCAAGUUGGAACAGCUCGCAAACAGAACCAACUCACUGGGUCGGGUACACAACUCCCACAGUGGUUCCCACCACUACGACUGCUUCUCCCUGGAGAGGGGCGAGAGCCUGAGAGGUGCAGGAGGAGGAGUAAGGGGGGACAGCACCAUGCCUCGUACUGGGCGCAGUCUCACCCGUGCUGGAUCAGUAUCCAUCCCUACUGCGAACACAACCAACCCCAGUUUCAGUGGCAGUCCUGGUCCAAGCAGCGCUCCACAGUCGCCAGCCAAAACCAGCGGCCAGUCAAAAAUUUCAGCUGUCAGCAAGUUGCUGAUGACCAGCAGUCCUAAAGUCAGAAGUCUGUCUGCCUCCAGCACCAAGACUCUGAGCUUUUCUACCAAGUCUUUAAGCCAGACCGCUAGCCGCAGCUCCAGCCUUCCUCCUAAUGGAAAACCACAGAGCCCAGUCCAGGGUCCUCUGCCGCAGCAGGGACCUUCCCCUGCAUCCUGGUCUACCCAGUCUCUAAGCCGCAGUCGAGGGGGAAGCCUGGCAGCCAAGCUGCCUCUGCGGGCAGUCAACGGCCGUAUCUCAGAGCUCCUCCAGGGAAGUGCGGGCUCUCGUUCCAGGAGUCACGCCCAGGGAGGAGGCACAGAUCCUGGGGAGGAACGAGGAGUCGGAGGGGCAAGUGGAGGGGGGGCUGCGGCAGGUGGUGGUGCUGGGGGAGGUGUUCCGGGAGAGGAGAGAGCAGCAGUGGUCCAAACGCUGCCCUCUCCCUACAGCAAGAUCACGGCUCCCAGGAAACCACACCGAUGCAGCAGCGGCCAUGCCAGCGACAACAGCAGUGUACUCAGUGGGGAGCUCCCCCCAGCCAUGGGGAAGACGGCCUUGUUUUACCACAGCGGGGGCAGCAGUGGCUACGAGAGCAUGCUGCGAGACAGCAGCGAGAACACAGGAAGCACGUCCUCCGCUCAGGACUCCCUCAGCGAACACAGCGCGGCCACCACCUCCUCCAGACGGAGCUCCAAGAGCAGCAAGAAGAGCAGGAGCAACACAGGCCUCCAGCGUCGUCGCCUGGUACCAGCACUGACCUUGGACUCUUCCUCCUCCUCACCCUCUCAUCGCUCCUCAAAACAGGCCGUCACUUCCUCUUCUUCCUCCUCCUCCAGCCCAGGUGCCUGCUGGGUAGACGGCCCACUGGGGCCCCAGGCUCCCCCGAACCUCCGGGGCGCAACUGCAACGACAGAAACCUUUGAGAUCAAGGUGUAUGAGAUAGACGAUGUCGAGCGGCUGCAGAAGAGGAGAGACAAAGGAGGGGGCAAGGAGGUGGUGUAUGCAAGUGCCAAGCUUCGUCUGUUGGAGCACCGCCAGCAGCGAAUCUGUGAAGUCAGAGCCAAGUACCAGUGUCUGAAGAAAGAACUGGAACAAACCAAACAGUACCUGAUGCUGGAGCCUCACAAGUGGACCACUGAGUUUGAGCUACAGCAGGUCUACGAAGUGGACUCACUGGAGUAUCUGGAAGCCCUGGAGUCAGUAACGGACAAACUGGAGACCAGGGUCAACUUCUGCAAAGCCCAUCUCAUGAUGAUCACCUGCUUCGACGUGUCCUCAAGACAUCGGUAGAUAGAGGGAGAGAAGGACAGCGGGAGGAAGACACACAACUGGACUUUAUAAGAUGUUGAUUAUCAAACACAUUUAGUGUAUAUCUGCUAAAUUAAAAAAAACAAACCAUCUCAUCGGAUGACUGGAUUGAUGGAAGGAGGGAUACAGGGAUGGACUGUCCACUUGAUUUAUCAGCUCAGUCAUCCUUAUGUCCCCAGAUGUAAGUCAGCAGAAGGACGGGUGGAUGGAGAGAUGGAGGAUAAAAGGAAUGGAGAUAUAUCUGACAGGCCCUGCAGACAGAUGACCUUGUCGAUUUUCACAUUUGCGCUUGAAAAAAAACCCAUUGAACAGCCUCUAAUGGACAGGCUACUUUGAUUCAGAUAUAUCUGGCUGCCCAAAGGGGCAGACAGAUGGGGGUGAGUCUGAAAAAGAAACAUCAGACAUGACCAAGUGGUCACAUUUUUCCAGAGAAUUGAAUAAUUGGAGAGCAGAGAAACCUUGUGUGCUCAGUCAAAGUUUAGUUUAGCAAUGUAUGGAGAGCAAAGGAGCGACGAGAGGAGCUCAAACUGCCAUUUUUCUAAAAACACAGACGGAUGAAGGAGAGGUGAAGGCAGAAACAAGAACAAUUUCUCAUCUCCCGUAAUUUUGGUAGAGCACUUUUUACACGCAGUUGAGAGCCAUUGACACAGAGUGCUGAUUACAGAACGGCCUGGUGUUGUUGUGCAGCUGAUAAAAGACACUGACAAAGAGUAAGACAGUAGGACAAAGAAAAUGAUUCAGAUAAGUGCCUUGUGAACAUUUCCACAAUACCAAGACCAAUUCUCUUUCUCUCUGAAUUUGUGUACUGUACAUGCAUUAAGUAUGGUGCUAGCAUCGGGGAAAAAAAACUCCACAAAAAAAGAUCAGUGUCCUUGGAAAAUCUUUGAAUUUAUAGCCAUUAUUAAAUUGGAUGUUUUACUGUGGGUCAGCGUUUCCCUAUGUUAUCAAGCAAUCUCAUACUUUGUCUGAAUCACGUUUGAUAGUCCGACGGGAGAUUCAAACAGUUUGGAUCCCUAAUCCAGGGGGUUCCACCACUGGAGACGUUCACUCUGAGCAAAUAAAGGAAUGAAGUAUGACGCUGAACCUGCACGUGGCUAUGUGGCAGCAGCAAAAGCGUAUAUACAGGCCAUUCAACACAACCAAACAGUUGCAAGGACCAAAAACUGAAUAAAAAAAGAAGAAGAAGAUUUUUCCAGGACACAGACGUAUGUGUUUAAACAAGGAAGAAACGAAAAAGGUUCAUGUGAUGUUUUUUUCCUUGACAUUACUCACAAACAGAGCACAUCUGAAUUUGGACCCUCUGGGGCCUACGUACCCCCGUAUUCCCCCUGAUACAGUUGUGAUGGCUUUCUCAUGUUCACGAAGCGAUGAAACGUCUGAGUCACAAGGGGGUGGACAUGAAAACACUUCUGUGUCCCAGUGUUAAGGACAUCCAUCGAUUGUCUGACUAACUGUCUGACUGACAGGUGGACCGUCUGUUAUUUGUAUCUGUGUUGUUCUUAAAGAAAAAGUGAAUGAUUUGUCAAUGUGUGUGUUUUAUAAUAUGGUAUCUUUUUAAAUUUUGAGUUCAAUGGAACCACGUAGAAACUGUAUAUGAAAGUAGGAUAUUGAAAAUAGGUAUAAGGAGAUAUUUAAGACUAAAGAAGACACAGGUACAGAAAAGCCCGUUGAUUUACACUUUUAAAAGUAUUUCUUUAUGGCUUGAAUUAUUGGAACAAAGUAGUGAAAUUAGACGGGAAAUACUUCCUUGGAACUACAACGAUUGUUUAAAAAUGUGGCUGACUUGAAUCGAUCCAGCCCUGCGUCCAGAAACUUUAAAGCAACAACUAUAAAUAUAUUAAAAGAAAUCAAACUGAAGAAAGAAAAGGAUCACGACCAAAUUAAAAGGCAUAGAUCUCUGCCUGGUUCCAUUUCUUUUUGUAUGGAUAGCAACACUUCAAAUUUGUUAAUAUUAUUAUCUAUGGUGCUUGAGAUGCUUAUGAUCUAAAUGUUUGUACAAAUAUAAAUAUAUGAAAGCGCCUGUUUCCCUCUGACAUGCAGAACAAUAUCCUUUUGAAUGCUUCUUCUACAUCGCUGUCUGUUGUUGUCAACGUCCACCGCCCUCUCCUCCGAACGCCCUGCGCCCGGUGAGCAGAGAGCAUUCUGGGAGAUCCUGUUAGUCGUCUGAGAGGUAAAAGACGGAAGCGACUUCACAGGAGAGGACAUGCUGGGUUAUUGGUGUGAUGUGUCAGAAACUUCAAAAUGCUAAAUGUAUCACUAACCUAACACACUCAGUUUUUAUUUUAGUUUUUCCACCGGACUGACACAAAAACCAGAAAUGUCUUUGAAUGUCUAAGGUUUUGAUCUCCUCAUGCCUGUAUGAAGAUGUAACAGUAACUGAUUUCAUGUGGUGCUCACCUGCAAGUGUGUGAAGUUCUCCUGUGACAUCUUGUUUCCUUUUUCUUUCCUUUUUUUUUUACCUCCCAGUUCACUGUAGAAGUCAUUGAUGAAGUUUCUUUUUAAUAUUUAUUUGAGUGCAGGAGAGCAGAGUCGCCUUUUAAUGUCCUUAUUUAUUUACACCUUAUGAUCUUAAGAAGUUACUAUGCAUUUAAGAAAAAGAAAAAUACCUGUACAUACAUUGCUGAGCCCAUGUCAUAUAUAAAUAUAUAUACUGUACACAUAACAUAUAUGCGCUCAUCUUUAUUUUAGAUAUUUUCUGUUGAAUUAAUUUGCUCCUGCUGUUCCAGUUGGGGAUUUUAUGGGUUUGGGUUUCCUAAAGUUUCCACAUCCAGGGCAGGUAUGUGGUUGCAGCACAACAAGAAUAUCAGUUGUUUAAAUAUCGAACUGACUUAAAAAUGAUGAAUUAUUAUCUUUUUUAUUUCUUUAUUUUUUUUUAACAUAAAACAGUUUUAGCAUGAAAACAGCUGUGUUGUUUUAAAUGAAAUGCCAGUUCAUUCUACAGUAUUAACUAAAGCCUUGUGUCAUUAGCAGUGGAUGUUUUGGGAACCCCAACCUCUGGAUGAGCUCAAUGGCUUGUACCUGUUUCCCGUUUUGAAGUGCUAAGUGUGAGGGUUUUGUCCUUGAUGUGUCACUGCCACAUGUUCUGUGAUAGCGUUUUAUAAUUCCAGCAAUAACUCUGCAAAAACACCUCAGAGGCAACCAUAAUAAAAUGGGGAAAAAAAUGUGCUGUUGCAUAUUUUGCAGGAACGUUCAAGAAUUAUAAUGUGUUAUCUGGAAAUCUGACACAGAGCAUCUUAAAAGAAAUAUUGUGUGUUAAAGUUUUGGUCAGACCACAUUUUCCUUAAACAGAUUGUAUCAAUAGUUGUAUGGGACAACCUUGACUCUGAUCAAAUUGUGUAUGUGCGGCCGUCUCCCAGUUUUAUGACUCAUGAUCAGUGCAUGUUAGUGAGGAGAUUGUCGCUGGGUGUAAGUCGCCUCCACGACUCAAGAUUGCGAUCACACUGUCCCAUGGAGAUUGACUGUUUAUGAAAAAUGUGGUCUGACAAGUAUUGAUGGCAAAGCAAGAUGGAGGGAAUGUAAAUAAAGGAAUGUAUUGAAAGAG